AAAUGUUUCACAAAUUCAAGAAGGAAACAUUAUUCACGUCAGAGUUGGGCGAUUUUAUAACAGUAGAUGAACUUGAUCCUAACGUUAAGAAUCUAGUUGUAUUCGAUGACUGCGUGACAGAAAAGAAGCAAAAAGUCAUAGAGGACCUAUUCAUAAGAGGUAGGAAGAAAAAUGCGUCCAUCAUCUAUAUAUCUCAAUCAUAUUACUCAACACCCAUCAACAUACGCAAGAACUGUAACUACUUUAUCUUCUUUAGACUCCAACCAAGAGAGGUUAAACAAAUCCUGAGGGAAAUCGAUGGUAGUCUCACCAGCGAGGAGUUCGAUAGUAUGUACAAAAAGUGUGUCACGAAACCUCAUGAUUUUUUCAUGCUUGAUUUAGUUAACCCUGAAAUGAGGUAUAGGAAAUGUUUUUCUUCUUUAAAUAAAACAUGGAACAAAAAUUAGAGUCAUGCUUGUACGCAUACAGAAAAAGCUACAAAUUCUACAGUGAUGUUAGUCUGUCUCUGACAAUUGCGAAGUUCUUGUUUGGUACUUCGAGUUUGACAGCUUUCGCUCUGCUUCCCUUAGCAUCCUUGAGCAUCGUGGCCAGUGUCAUAGAGAUUAUUGAUAAAUCCUUGCAUGUCGCAGAAAGGAAAGAAGAAUACAAGUUUGCCUACAAGUUUUAUAAGUCUUUACUAAAUUGCUUGAGAGCAAAGACUAUUUCGGAGGAGGAAGCUUUGAUUAAAGAGCAAGAAUUUAUUAAGGACUUGAAGUACUUCCCCAUGGAAAAAUAUUUAAAGGAGAAAGGUUUGAACGGGUACGAAAAAUAAUUUUCUAUUCUUAAUAAAUGAGCAAACAAGAUAGAAAGAUUAAAGGUGGAGAUUUAGUCGGUUGGAUGCAAGAUAAGCUCAAUCCACCAGAAAUGCAUCUUCCUGGUUAUCAGUACUGUGGACCUUUUACAAAGCUUUCUAAAAGAUUGACUAGAGGGGAUCCAGGAGUUAACAGAGUAGAUAAAGCAUGUAAGAAGCAUGACAUAGCAUACAGUCAAACAAAAGACACUAGACAGAGACAUGUUGCAGAUGAAGAGCUUUUAAAGGAUUUAGAUGCCAUUGAAAACCCAAACAGCGGAUUUUAUCCACUCGGAGAAAAACAAGCUAGGGCUAUCAUCCGACCUAUCAUAAAAACCAAAAGAGUUUUUGGACUAGGUGCUAUUGUGACAUAUUGCUUGAUUUGUAAAAAGAAGACAGGUACACUAAAUGUUGAAAAUUCGGUAACAAGCAACGGAAGGCCUAUUAUGAAAGGAAAGUGUGAAAAGUGUGGAUCAAGGAAAAGUUCUUUUUUAAAGUUGACGGGGUAACUCAGAAC